AUGUUUGUCUUGGCCUCUGUCCUGCUUUUAAUGGCCGCUCUAGAUGAGAAUACCGAUUUAAUGUCCUAUUACAUUUGGUUGAGUAUCGUGUGUCUGUGUAUAAAAUUAGUGCUUGCAAUCCUUAUACCACUGCUAUUGAUAGUCGAGGGGCGAUAUCCACAAGCUAUCGCACUUAUAUGGAUGGUCAUCGUAAUGAUCGUUGGUCUAGAACACAUACUAAUUGCAAAAAUGAUAGUUAAUGCUUUACCUUCUCCCUGUGAGAAGAAGACUACACUGAGCACUUUUAAGCUGGUCAUGUGGUGA